UCAAUCUCAACUGGAGAGAAACCAAGAUCGAGGUACUUCGACGGCAUGUCAGGAGCACCGCGCGGACGAGGUGGGAACCAAGGAUAUAGUAAUGGCCGGGGAGGAAGGGGCUUUUGCAAGGAUAACGGCAGUGGAAGAGGUGAAAGGGGCUUUAAUAACACUUGGACUGGUGGAGCGUUCGAUAGUCUCCAAGAUGGGAAGGGAAGAGGAGUUGGCAACAGCCUUUCGAUCAGAGCCAUGGGAAGUAGUACUGGGAAAGAAGAGUCCUCAUCCGUUCCAGAACGAAAUGCACAGAUCGAGAAGGACUGGAUCAAAGAGAAUCAACAUCGGAUACUCAAGGAGCCAAAAGCUGACAGACUGGCGAAGAGUCAGCAAGCAAAAACCAGACCCGCUCCUGAACAAGAUGCACGUUCCGAGAACGACUGGGUCAAGACAAACCAACACCUAAUAUCCAAGGAGUCAAAAACUGACAGACUGGCGAAGACUCAGCAAACAGAAACUAAACCAGAGUUCUACGUAGAUGUUGCAAGACGGGGAUACAUGCAUCGACGUCCCACACAGAUGAAGCCGCGUCGAGGAAACAAAGACGGACAUCCUACCCCGACACACAGUCGUUCACGCUCACCCGAAGAAGAACGGGAAUUCCUUUCUUCUCUCCCUUCACUUACUCCAGCUCAGGAAGCGCGAGUUCGUUCACCGCCAAGAAAUCAACUACCAGCAACAGCCACCUCAUCUGUCAGGACCCCUGGGAGAGUAGCGUGUUCGACCAAUCCUACGGAGAGGACGUUUCGCAGGGUGAGUGCGAGCUCGUUGCCGACGCCGUCGGAUUCAAUGCAGAGUGACGAUGGCAAUCUCUAUGACCCGAACAAGACUGAAGAGGAGAAAGAGCAAGGUUGGCAGGAAAAUCGUGGACGUAACAUGGGCCUGCUGGUCCCGCCAUGGUCCGGUCCAAGCCUGGGCGCUGAGAUGCGAGAUAUUGAGCGUGGCUAGACCAAUGCUGUAUGCAUUCCAUCCUAUAGAUUCGGACGAUGAAGUGAAAUAAGAAGCAAUUGGAACUAAGUUGACACUCUGGAUGGGUUUCGGUGGAAAGUAGGAUGAUGCCUGUAGAGGUCGCUAACGAGAUGUGCUUCUCGACAUUCCUACCGCAUCUCGAAUCCUCUAACAAGCACGCAUACUCACAAAUACUAGCGUACUAGGCCGGAACGUCUUAUCAUAACGCAUCGUCGUUGACAGGAUACAUGCGGGGUUGAAUCAACGUGCCCACGUAGGUACAUGCAUGCCGCAUGCGCCCCACAUGCGCUAAUCGAUUGGCGCAAUCCCAACCGAUUACACCUGCGCGCGCGUUAAACGACGUCCGCCUACUCACCCACGUGUGACCU